AUGAGCAAGCUAGAAGUUUCAAAGUUUUUGAUGUUGGCCUUGCUGUCCUUGGUCUCAAUGACGAGUGCUACUGACUACAACAUCUGGUACAGUUGGGAAGCCAGUGAAGGCCAUAGUUGCAGUGAUCAACAGCUUUAUGGUCUUGCGUUGUUGACCAAGACGGCCAUCAAGUUCCUUGGCAACAGUGAUGAGAGAAGUGUUGCCUCUAGACCUGGUUGGACUAUUACGAGGGUUACAGCUCCUCCCACUGAAGCUCCCACUGGGGCCCCCACUGAAGCCCCUGAAGGAGGCAACCCUUCAGAUGAUGGGUGGAGGCGCAAGCUUGCUACUGGUGGCCACCAAGUCCCCGAAGACCAAGAUGAAAGAAGAUUGGGUUGUUCGGAUCUGUGCAGAUAUAUUGAGAAUGAGAUUUACUGUGGUGAAUCCGCGAAAUGCGGAGGAAGACGCAACAAGAAGGAGAGGCACUUAAUGCUUCGUGCUGCCAACGAGCGUGAGCUUUCCUCCAUCAUGGACAAAAUGCCAUCUGAGGCAAGCAACUGGCUUUCGGAUCUACAGAAUUGCUUUAAUCCCAGCAGCUUUCAGUACGUGUUUGAAGAAGCUUAA